GUCUCCGUUUCCACCAACUCAACCAUUCAUUGUCCAUGCACAUUCCAAUUGACUAGCGGGAUCCCUUCUAGACACGUCUUUAUUGGCAGUCUUUCUGCUCCGUGCUCUUUGCCGUCCUUCCUGCUCUUCUUUCUCAGUUUGGUUACCCUCAUUCUGGCCUCUCCAGGUCUCUGUUUUCUUCCUUAUUUUCCCCCUUCUCUUUUCGGGGGUGAUCAUCGGGCCCGGCCUUUUUUCCCUCUCUCCUGGCCAUUCCUACCGUGUUGAUUGCCUAGUACGUCCUCUCCCCCUUGACUAAGUGAUAUCGUUAAUUUCCAUCGACCACGAACUCAUCUUAAUCCGUUUUCCUUCAUUAGGGGGACAAUUGUGUCCUACUCGCUCCCUUCCCUCGCCAUGCAAACCUCCGAUGCAAGCAUUCCGAGUCGUCUGAUCCCUUCCAAGUUUUCCCACCUCAACGCGGACAGCACCGGCUUCUCUCACGGAGCAUACGCCUCCAACAAUAUUCCCCUGCAGGGCCUAACGGACCGGAACGCUCGUCGAGCCAAUAUCCCUGCGAUUAAUACCUCUGCUCCCGUCUCGGACAACAUGGCCGCCUCUGGCGCCGCGUUUGACAUGAACUUCACUCCCCUGCUACCUUCUCAGCUGCUGCUUGGUAGCCCCUUUCAGCCGGGUACUCCUUCUGCAUUCGCUUCGCCUCAAUUCGCCAAUUUCGGCGGCUUUCCUCAAACGAAUGCCUCAUCACAUGCCCAGAAUCAUCAGAGUCACCAUCAGCUCGGAAGUCCAACCCAGCCCUCGCAGAAUGCUGGCCUAUAUUCUAGUAUGAUGUCGACGGAUGGUAUAGGUAAUUCUCAAAUGCUGGGAGCUCCUCAGUCUCCUGUUGGUGGGAUGGGACCACUGGGCAACGCAGGGUACGGAAGUCCCGCUGCCUCGGUGACCCCUGGCUUGCUUUCGGGUACGAGCCGAACCGUAUACCUAGGCAACAUCCCGGCAGAAACCUCCGCAGAAGAGAUCUUGAACCAUGUUCGAAGCGGUCAAAUCGAGUCGGUUCGUUUGCUUCCUGAUAAGAACUGUGCUUUCAUCUCCUUCCUGGACAGCAACUCCGCAACCCACUUUCACUCGGAUGCAAUCUUGAAGAAGCUUGCCAUCAAGGGGAAUGACAUUAAGGUGGGUUGGGGCAAACCCUCCCAGGUGCCUACUUCGGUCGCUUUGGCUGUGCAGCAGUCCGGCGCAUCGCGGAAUGUAUACCUGGGCAACCUGUCGGAGGACAUGACAGAAGAGGAACUGCGGGAGGAGCUAGGAAAAUUCGGGCCUAUCGAUACCGUCAAGAUCGUCAAGGAGAAGGCGAUUGGAUUCGUCCACUUCUUGUCCAUCAGCAACGCGAUGAAGGCUGUUUCUCAACUUCCUCAGGAGGCUAAGUGGCAGGCACCCAGGCGCGUGUUCUACGGCAAAGAUCGGUGCGCUUAUGUUUCCAAAACACAGCAGCAAAAUGCAGCUCAGUUCCUGGGUAUUGCCCCUGGUUAUGCACACAUCCUCAAUUCGGCGGACCGUGAUUUGAUCACCAACGCACUCGCUCAGCAAUCUGUGGCCGCCGCAGCUGUGGCCACCACAGCCGGCGGAGUCAACAACUUGGGCAACCGGACCAUCUAUUUGGGCAACAUUCACCCCGAAACGACUAUCGAGGAGAUUUGCAACGUUGUACGUGGUGGUUUGCUGCAUCAUAUUCGCUAUAUUCCCGAUAAGCAUAUUUGCUUUGUUACUUUCAUUGAUCCUACGUCAGCCGCAUCAUUCUACGCCUUGAGCAACCUGCAGGGCCUCAUGAUUCAUAACCGUCGUCUGAAGAUUGGCUGGGGUAAGCAUUCCGGUCCUCUUCCGCCAGCUAUCGCCCUGGCCGUGAGUGGCGGUGCUUCUCGUAAUGUCUAUGUCGGUAAUCUUGAUGAGACCUGGUCGGAGGAGCGCCUUCGCCAAGACUUCUCCGAAUAUGGAGAGAUCGAGCUUGUCAACACGCUCCGUGAAAAGAGCUGCGCAUUUGUCAAUUUCACCAACAUCGCCAAUGCCAUCAAGGCGAUUGAAGGGAUGCGGAACCGCGACGAAUACAAGCGAUUCAAGAUCAACUUUGGCAAGGAUCGCUGCGGAAACCCCCCGCGUCAAGCUGGUAAUGGAGGUCCGCAGGGUCGUAAUGGGUCCGGGUUUGAGGGACCUCAGUCACCUUCUCCAGCCUUGAAUGGCUUCCAGCAGAACCUAAGCCAAUCUGGCUCGGGCUCUAGCCCGACUCAUCCUGCGCUGUCUCCUGCCCCAGGGUCUACGGGUUCUCAGAAUGGUCAGCACCACAGGCAUCCCCUGCAGACCGUCUCAUCCCCGUCUGGCAUUCUGAAUGUCGGUGCAAACAAUCCUUUGACGAUGUACCUCAACCAAAUGUCCGCCCAGCAAGCUCAGGAGCAGGAAAACCGGCUGAAUGACCCCAUGACCUUAGCUGGUCUCCAGUCCCAGCCUCAACCGCCACAACAGCAGUCGCUCUACAAUGGCGCGAGCACUGGUGAGCUUUCCAACGGCAGCAUCGAGGCCCCGUUGCACCAACACAAGCCGUCGACCAACGGAUUCUUGAAUGUAACCAACGGCUCUACGGGCCCCGGCCACCAUGCUACUGCUAGCACCAGCAGCCUGAAUGUGCCACGGGCGCAACAUUCCCGGGCCGUGAGUUUGCCAUCGUUUUCUCAGGAGCCUUUCGGGUCUGUUUCGAGCCAGCCUCCCCGUUCCGGAAUUGCUCAUCAGCCGCAAAGCAGCUUUUCAAGCUUCACCUCUGCUCUAGGCGGUCUCAGCCAUGCCGGCUUCGGGUUGGCCAUCCAGAACGAGAGUUCGCUGCCCGGCUGGGCUGAGGAGGAGAUUGGAGCUAAAUAAUUGCACCCUGCCGCUGCAAGGGUGAUGCCCGCUAUUCCACUUGAUGAGCAUAGCCAUUCUUCUUCUGCGUUCUGUUCCACCUAUAUUGCUUUGCCACUUGGCUAAUUCCUUCGAUGUCUCCAUUCUGAUUUCUUUCUU